AUGAAAGAGGAAGAGGGGAGACACAACAACGAGAGCAGUAUGAACGUUGAGGCUGAUGCAACUGGGGCCUCGGCAAAUGCGGAGAUCCUCGUGGCCCUGUCCCGACUUAAGAGCGCUCUGGCACGCGACUUGGAGACAAUUAGACAGCGACAGGCCACAGCUUUUGCGGCGGAGCAGCCGUUGUCGUUUCAGGAAUUUUUGUACACCAAUGAAGAGGUGGUGGUCCCACAGCACAUCGUGGCAUUGCGCGCCAAACGUAGUGCCAUAACUCAUACAAUGAUGCCCCCCGAAGAGGACGACUGCGAGUAG